AUGGUGAUCACAAAUGGAAUUCAUCCCACCCACAUGUUCUUUGCAGAUGAUGUUUUCAUUUUUUGCAAUGGAGCAAAGAAGAGUAUUGAGAAUUUGAUGAAGCUGCUAGAAAGCUACCAACUCAGUUCAGGGCAAGUUAUCAAUAAAAGCAAAAGCAAGUUAUUCAUUGAUGGCACUACUGAAGAAAGGAAGAGGUACAUUCAAAAUUUGAUUCAAAUGGAUUUAAGUACUUUACCUUACAAAUAUUUGGGAGUUAUUCUUCAUUCUGGGAGAGUUAGAAUUUCCACCAUUUGGCCCAUGGUUGAAUUAAUGCAGAAAAAGCUUGCUUAUUGGAAAGGGAAGCUACUAUCUUUUCAUGACAGAAAUUUCUUAUGGUCUGGAGAUGGAGAUGGAGAAAUUAGAAAAUAUACAAUUCUUUCUUGGAAGAAAGUGUGCACUCCUUAUAGUGAAGGUGGCUUGGGAAUUCAAAGGCUGGAAGUACUUAACAAAGCUCUGCUUAUGAAGUUAUUAUGGAGAAUCAUGAAUUCUGAUGUAGAGUGGGCAUCAUUUAUAAAAGCAAAGUAUCAAGAUAAGCAUGGACUAUGGAAGAGCAAUUGGCAAUUAUCUUCCAUUUGGCCAGGGCUAAAAUGGGCUUGGGAUCAUCUAAAGGAAAAUAUUAGAUGGUGUUUAGGUGAUGGAAGAAAAGUAUCAUUAUGGUUUGACUCUUGGAUCAAUGAUACCCUUCUCAUUGAGGAUAUUGGUUACACAGAUUAUGUUAAAGAGCAUAUGCAUAUGAAAGUUGCAGAUAUAAUUCUUGAUGGAUAA